CUCCCUCCUCGUCCUACCUCCACCUCUCCCCCAAUACACCUCACGACUCUCUCCCAAUAAGCACCCACAAUGUCAAUGAAAGCCUACCUCGCCGAGAAAUACAUGUCCGGCCCGAAAGCAGACGCCAUCCUCGCCCGCGAACCGACCAAGAAGAAAAAGAAACGUAAAGCCGCUUUCGAAUCGCCCUCCUCCUCUUCCACCUCCGCCUCCACGUCCACGCAUAGUACGAUACCAAAAGGAUAUGGAGCAAAGAUAGUAGAUGAGGAUGAGGCGGGCUGGGCGAGUUUGAAUGCGAAGGAUGAGGAUGAGGAUAUGAAGGAUGCGGUCGUCGCGUCGGAUCGGGGGUUCAAGAAGCGGAGGGUCGGAGGUGGUGCAGCCGAGGGAGGUAAAGGACCAGGAGGAGAAGGUGGAGAGGAAGAUUCGGGCUGGGCGACGAUUCGGGAACCUACGCCGCCAUUGCCUGUGGAUGAAGAGCCGAUGGUCGUGGAUACGAACGGCGGUACAGAAACGUCGAAGCCUGCUUAUCGAGGAGGAUUGUUAUCUGCGAAGGAGCUCGCUGUGCGUAUGGCAGAGGCUUCUGGCGAUGCGGACGUCAAGAUGUCGAAGGAGGAGGCGGAGCGAGCGCAGGAGACGGUGUAUCGAGACAUGUCGGGGCGGAAGAUCGAUGUGAAGGCGGAGAAGGCGGAGGCGGCGAGGAAGAAGCGGGAGAGGGAAGAGAGGGAGGCGAAGAAGAUGGAGUGGGGGAAGGGGCUGGUGCAGCGUGGGGAGGAAGAGGAGCGGAAGAAGGAGCUGGAGAAGAUUAAGGGGAAGGAGUUUACGAGACGGAGGGACGACGAGGAGAUGAAUGCGCGGUUGAAGGACGAGAACAGGUGGAACGAUCCUAUGGCUGCAUUUUUGACCAAAAAGCGGUCGAAGGGACCACGGAAACCAGAGUACACAGGCCCUGCACCACCGCCGAAUCGCUUCGGUAUCAAGCCUGGAUACAGAUGGGACGGUGUCGAUCGUGGCAACGGCUUCGAGAAGAAACUCUUCCAGCGCACAAACGAGCGUAAACGACGAGGCCAGGAGAGCUACAACUGGAGCGUGGACGACAUGUGAAGGCCUCCAUGCUAUUUUAUUUAUCUUCUCAGGCGGACGAUGCUCGUCACCGUUUGGUCAUUACUGGGAUGUAUUUCUACUCUAUCUGCUCUGGCAAUCUACCCGCGCCUUUAUUGCUCUCGUCGGAGGAUUCGCCAUCUACUUCCGCAUACCAAUAACUAUCACCCCCAAGUCCUUUCUGUCUGACGUUGCGACCAGCAGGAACC